AUGAAGGUGGUUUACACUGUGAUUGCGGCUUUUGAUCUAAUUACGACAUAUAACUGUUUCGUGGAUGAUGCAGUCGACGGGGACGAGAUUCGGGAAGAGGGGCCAGCGUGGUAUAUUCACCACCCGAAAACUUUUCCAGCCGAUGCCGGUCUAGUGAUGUCAGUAGGCAAUCGGCUGUUACAUCAUUUCCUCCCUGGCAGUCAUCCUUGCAAGAGUGACCUUAUUCAUCUCUACCACAAUUACAUGGUGUAUUGUACGAGCUACCUCUCCGUCACCCACGCUCGAAACCAAAAAUCGCCAAACACCUCUUUAAAGGAGGCCACACAGCCCUCGAUAGAUGAUUUGACUGGAGGUACAUUCGCUGCCUUUCAUUACAUGCGUUCGGGAAACUACGUUCAGUUAAUACUACAUGCUUGUCGACUUGCGGCCUGCUAUAAAAACAUCCUCAGUACUAGCGACCGUCGGUACCUCUACACUGACACAAUUCGACGUGCGGCUGUCGUAUUACAGAUUGUCGAAGAUAUCAGAGAUUCACGAAUUAUGGAUGUGCAAGUUCCUCGUCGGUUACCACUAAACGAAUAUCUCCAGUCUAUCAAUGACGACAUGAUCAAAGACUUCAUCGCGGGAGAGCUAAAUCAUGCUUUUCUUAUAGCAUCCCUAGAGCUGGCACGCGGCGGAACAGGUGUUAUGAGCUUGACAGGCGAUGAAAAAGAGGAAAUCAUGAAAACUUUGCGCGAGUGUUACUUGGCCGACGAAGGGCACUUGGAGGACAUUGAGUCCCAGAAGCGACGGCUAUAUCGCCUGUGCGCUAUGUUCUUGAAAUACGAUAUUUAUGGGUAUAUUAAGAAGCAUGUUUUGCCGUCAACCCUGAUACAAUACUUCCUCGUCCACGGUCAGGCCUCACGGGAGUUUAAUAUGCCUAAAGAUCUGCUUUCCCAUGCUGUUGUCUCAAUGGUCAGGCAAGACUCGUGCUCACGCUCAACUCAUGUGGCAGAGGAGUUAGAGAAGGUGAUGACCACACCGAAUGAAGCGAUUGAUGAGAUGGAGAAGGUUCUCAGGAUUUUUGAGCUGCUACAAAAUAUUUAA